AUGUCAAAAUUCACAGAGAAGACGGACAACUAUCCAAAUUUGAGUCAUCCAUUCGGAUCAAUGAGACCAGAAUACGAUGUCGUUAUUGUAGGAUCUGGCUAUGGAGCUGGAGUAGCGGCAAGUCGCAUGGCUCGAGCAGGGAAGAGUGUCGCGGUGCUCGAGCUUGGCUGGGAAAGAAGAUCCGGUUCAUUCCCACGUACUUUCUCUCAAAGUUUAAAAGACUUGAGUAUCUCGGGGAAUUAUGUGAAGAACUUCAUCUCAAGAUGGAUGUCGUCUGGGGAUCCCACGCGGCUUUACCAAUUAUUUUUGGGUGAUGGACAGCAUUAUUUUAGUGCUCAUGGACUUGGAGGGACUUCAUUGAUCAAUGCUGGAGUUUUCCUGAAAGCGGACGAAGGAACACUGCAGAUGAGUCCAUGGCCGUCAGAGAUCAGGGACGAGCCAUCUCCACUCGAAGAAUACUAUGCACGAGCCGAAACAAUGCUGCAACCUUCCAAGUAUCCAGAUACUUUAACCCCAAACAAACUCGAGCAUCUUCAAGAACAGUCGAAAUGGCUUGGAGGGAAAGAGGGCUUCGAUCGGGUACCGUUGACCAUAUCCUUCCGCAAUGGCCGCAACAGUGCAGGUGUCCCUAUGCACGCAAGUAGACAUUCGGGUCAUGAGUGCACUGGUCUCAACGAUGGUUCAAAAAACUCCGUGGCGACAACAUAUCUUGCAGAUGCUUGGAACUGGGGAGCUGAGAUAUUCUGCGGAUGUGAAGUUCGAUUCGUAGAAAAGACGGACGGAGCAGGCUACACUAUUCACUUCGCCUGGCAUGGAAGUGGAAGGUCGGUGUUUGGGGAUGAUUUCAAAGAACAACUCUUUUGGGUUAAAGCGAAGGAAUUUUGCUUCCUUGGGGCUGGUGCCUUAGGAACCACUGGAGUCUUGCUUCAGUCAAAGCAGCAGGGCCUCCGUAUGUCACCGCUCGUUGGAAAAAAUCUCUCCGGAAAUGGCGACCUUUUGAUAUUUGGUUACAAUGGAGGUGCCAAUAUCAACGGGAUCGCCCGUGAAUCUUCGCAUGCUCCCCCUGGACCAACCGUUACUGCGAUGAUUGAUAACCGAGUGGCUGAUCCUCUGAAAAAUCCCCUGUCUGGGUUUGUUAUCCAAGAUGGAUGCAUUCCUGAGAUGUUCAACCCAAUAAUCCAAAUCAUGCUCACCCUGCAGACCAUGAAGAGUCAGGCGCUGUGCUGUCUUUUUAACCCUCGCGAACAAACCAGAAAGAUCAUUGCCUCUCUUAGGUCUCUCCUCUUCGGUCCAUAUGCACACAAUGGGGCUCUUCAGCGGACAUCAACUUAUCUUGUAAUGUCUCAUGACAGCAACGAGGCAACGUUGACCUUGAAGGGUGAUCAAUUGUAUCUGCGGGGACCAGCAGAAGGACGAUCGGAGCAUUUUGGAGGGAUAAGGAAGGUCUUCAAGGACCUUUUCUCUCGCACAGGAGCAAUGAUGGGAUUCUCAUACCAUUACGGUCGCCACCAGGAGGAAAUUACAGUCCAUCUCCUCGGAGGAGCCAACAUGAGCAGCGAUGGAACAGGGCACGGAGGCGUCACAAAUCAUUUAGGAGAGGUCUUUAGUGGCUCUAAUGGUGAAGUAUACAGAGGUCUUGUGUGCUGUGAUGCAUCUAUUAUCCCGACAGCCAUAGGUGUGAACCCGCUGGCUACAAUAUCUGCCCUUUCUGAGCGAUGCGUUAAUCUACUCGCCGAGAGGUCUGGAUUUUCAAUUGACCUUGAGACUAAAAAUCAGCCUUUGAAUGCCUACAGCAAGCCUAGUGUGUCAUGGGAUCGCCAGGAGGAUCGAGACGGUCCCAAGAAAGUACCCCAGUCCAUAGGAUGGCAAUUCACAGAGACCAUGCAUGGGAACAUUAGAAUAGGGUCGAAGAUCGAAAGUUUUGAACUCUCUGAGAGGGUACGAAAGGGUUCAUCCUGCGCGAUGCGCAUGUUUCUUACGGUCGAACUCUGCCGAGGAGAUUCACGAUACCAAGGAAUAUGCACCGGGACGAUUUCUUGCCACGCGUUAUCCAAAUCCACGCUCAAGAUUGUCGAUGGGAAGGUGGACUUUUUCACGCCAAUGGAAGAGGAGGCUGAAUCAUCAGCCAUUUCAUAUAACCUGAGGCUCCUCUCGGUGGAGGGCAUAGAGUACCGCCUCAAAGGUCACAAGCUCAUCAACUCAAACAUCUCAUUCUCCGCCAGCAAGACAUGGGAAGCGACAACUACAGUGAACGUCAGUAUCACUCGACUGGACGGGAAAAAUAUUGGAGCAGGAGCCCUUCAUAUCUCAUUGCCAGACUUCAAAAAGCAGAUAAGAACAUUUCGGACGACAUCCGACUUCCAGUUCCGUCUGAUCUUGACUUUGAUGAUGUUUUUUGCUUCUUUUAUGUACCAUAUCAGUCUCUUCUUCUUUCGCCCUUUCGUCCAUAUACAUUUCCCUCGGACCUCAGCCAAACCCACCGAUUCAAACCAGCCGCCUUCAAAACAGCUUCCUCCAAAAAAACCUCCUUCCAGAUCGUCCAAGAUCACCGCAAGUGAUGGUGUCCAGGUACACCUUGCUAUGUAUGAUCCACUCCCUGUCCAAAAGACAGACAAGCUGGAACCCAAGUCCAACCUUCCACCAGUCCUGCUUUUACCCGGAGUCACCGGGAUCAGCGUGCACAAUCUAUAUUCACUGCCAUUUUUGCGCUGUAACAUGGUUGAAUAUUUCACGCAGCGUGGACACCGAUGCUACGUACUCACUCCUCGUUGGAGCUGCGAUCACGCCGUUGCCCAAAAUUGCACUGUAUUCGACUCCCGCCUUGACAUUGCUGCUGCGAUAGCAUACAUCCGUGAGCAAGAUCGACAGAAGCCCUAUGUGAUGGCCCAUUGCCAAGGUUCGGUGGCUCUCUGCAUGGGACUACUGGAUGGAACUAUCCAGGGUAGCCAACUUCUCGGCAUGACUGCCAGCUCAGUCUUCAUGAACCAGGUCUUUGGAUAUUGGAACUCCCUCAAAGGAGGAACGACUCUGCUGGUCCAGUUUUACGAAUACAUGGCUGGGAAUUACUUCCCGGCUGUCAGCAAUGCUAAGAGUGUUCUUUUCCAACAACUACUCGACACUCUCCUUCGUUUCUAUCCUGUUGGACACACACGAGACGUCUGCACGUCUACAGCGUGCCGCCGGGUAUCUUUCGCUUUUGGGUUGCUAUGGAAUCACGAGAAUCUUGACAAGGGUCUUCAUGAAAAUAUCCACCAAUUUGUCGCGGGGACCCAUACAAAGCUUAUGAAGCAAGUGGUUCGCAACGGAACUCGGGGAGUCUGCAUGGAUAAUGAUUCACGUCCUCUUCUGACAGCCGAGAACUUGCAACGGCUGCAAGGACUACCCAUUCUCUUUGUCUCGGGUAUGGAUAACCAAGUAUUCAAUCCCGAGACUACCCUCAAGGACUAUGAGUUGUUGCGACGAAAAUUUGGUGAGAAACUUUAUCGCAGAUUUCUAGUCGACGGGUACGGGCAUCUUGAUCCUAUUGUUGGAAAGAAUGCGGCCGAUGAUGUAUAUUGGAGGAUCUUUGGGCACUUGAGCUGGUGCACCAAAGAGAUGGAAAAGAUGAAUGUGGAAACCAAUGGAAUAUGA